AUGACGGAUUCUGACGAAGGGGCUUCGCAAGGAGACCUCUUAACUCAAGAUAAGCAGGAAGGACAACUUGAGAGUUCAGAUGCAGAGGGGAAAGAUGGAGUGGGACAAAUCGAUGACCGUGUAGACUCCCAACAGGCACCGGCCUGCGCCGAACCAGACCUGCCUGACCAGGCCAGUGGGGGUGCGAGCGAGACCUCGGACAGCUUUGCCUCAUCUGCCCCUGUAGAAGGGGCAUCCACCGAAAAUGCUGUCUGCACGCAUAACACUUUGCCUGAGGCCCCGACAGCGGACGAAGGGGGCGAGCCUAGUGCUCAGCCGGAAGAGGAUGACGCACCUGAGAUAUCAGCCGACAUGAUUGCUGCUGCAGCGGCCGCGUCCAACCCCGGCAGCGAACAUAACCCGCUCGAUAGGCCUGCUUCAACUGCGACAGAUCCGUUAAUGCCACAAAUCAUGGCGUCAGAUAUGCCUCCCCCCACCUUCUUACCGCGCCAAUUACGCAUGAAAAGGCAUGCCAACAGAGCACGCGCACAAGCUACGUCGAAUGCUUCGGUUACCAAAGCCCCCACUGCCGCGGUUGCGACGAGUGAAGAGGGAGGGAGACAAGAAGCGCAUGCACCAGCUGACGAUACACAUGUUGCAGAAGGCGAACGCAGCAGUGUGGAUGAUGAAUUCGCCCUUUUUAUGAAGGAAAUUCAACAGCUGGACAGUCAGAGGGAGGCCGAACAGCAGAACUCAAAUCCAGAUGAUCCGGGUGCUGCUGUUACCGUGCCUCCAGCAGAGACGCCGGCAGAUAACGAACAACCGUCAGGGGCAAAUGUCAGCCCUCCCGCUUCUGAGAGUCCUCAGAACAGUGAAGACCAUGGGAUAGCAGUCACGGAUAAUCAUGACCAGCAGCAACAUCAGGAGGAUGCGGCUGUCUGGCAGGCCGUUUUAGAUUCUGCUUCUGGCAAGACCUACUACUGGAAUGUAAUAACUGAUGAGGUUACCUGGGAUGUGCCCGGGAGUUCUUCACGCCCGGUUGCUGUGCAGGAAGGAACGUAUGACAAACAACAUCAGCAGCAGGACCUGCGGCAAUGGGCUGCAUCCACAUUUAGACUAACCCAGGAGCUUCCAACGUGCUCGGAGAAGGUCCAACAGCUCAUGUUUCAGCUAGAUUUCAUGGAGGAAGAAUUAGAUGCAGAAUACGAAAGCCCCGCGGCGGCUCAGGAAGCUGUUCCCAGUGAAAAGGCUGACGUCAGUCUGUGGCUGCAGCGAUUCCGUUCCAUGAGGCGGCAACGGGAGCCACAGCGGCCCAAACGAUCACAAGAGGGGAGAGCUAGUGGCUCGGAUGAUGAAUUACUGAAGGAAUUGAUAGACCUUCAACUUCAACAAGAUCGGCGCACCGACCCUUCACAAUGUCCGGCCUGCAAGCAGCGGCUGUUGGAGUCCAGAGGAACACAGUCUCAACAGGCAAAGGUUCGCUCGGUGGCGUCUUCGCUUGCACGACGUCUUGGAAAUGUGGAGAAGGAAUGGGCUUCAGCAAUGCUCGCUGCCUUGAAGGCCCGGUUGGACGACUGGAUAGAUGGAGGCCUUAGCAGCAGUUUUUUCCUGAAGAGACUUGAUAAAAUGCAACAGGAUUUCCAGAAGCAUCUUGUUUACGACGUGGAGGCAGAAGGGCGCCAUCAAGAACUAGCAUCCGUGUUCCCGUAUUCAACUGCGGCGGCAACUGCCUCGACCAGUGGAGCAGUAAAGGCGUCCCCUCGGAACUGCCUAGCUGGUUUGACGGGGGCACCUGCGUCGGACAAGGGCGGUACCGGCCGUUCCACAAGUGGCUCUAGAACCGCUGGUGCUGUGCCAAGAGGCAGCAGCAAAUCCAGCGAAGAGUCGACGGCAGUCUGCACUGCCCCUCCUACCCCUGAAGGGCCCCCACCGACGCUUCCCGAUGAAGUGCCUCCAGCAGCAUCAGAAGCCGCAAAAGCGGGGGCAGUACCAGCAGCAGGUAUGUCGCUGGUUGUGUUCAAUACUUUGCAGACGGUCAACGACCCGUGGCUUAUUCUACAUCUUCAGCGGCACCCAGAAGCAGAUCCGAAGGCUCCUGCGGUCUCGCGGGAGGGAGCCCAAGGGUCCGGUGUGACUGUGGCACCUGCUAAGCGACCGCUCGGCAGCUCUGGCGUCAAAAAGAUUAGUUCUUCCAAUCCCCUUGUACGGAAACGCAUGCAGCUGGUUGAAAAGUGGCAGAAAAGUCGAGAGAAGGAUGAGGAAUCCGAAGAGGAGGACUACGACAAACGAAAAGAGCGGUUGAAGCAAAAGAAAAUUGAAGAGUGGAAGGAGAGGGAAAUGGCAAGUCACAGAGGGAUGCAAAACGCGAAUUUUAUCGAAGUAACGACGGAUUGGCGCACUUGGGUGCAAAAAAAAUGA